CAACUAUUGAACUUUCAUCACAAACUUAUCCAAAAAUUGCACAUGUACAAAUAAUUUUAUUAGCUCUUAGAACUGAAUUAGAAUCUGAUAAGGGUAAUAAUUUUCUAUUACAACAUGUUUUUAAUAUAAUGUUAUAUAAACAUAUUGAAUAUUUUAAUUUAAUAACUGAAUCUUUGCAUAUUUCUGCUUUUUUAGACCCUAGAUAUAAAAAAUAUUGUUUUUCUACUAUAAAUAGUAAAGAAAUUUUAGCACCAAUUAGAAAAAAAAUAAAUCAACAAUCACCUUUAUCAGUAGCUAAACCUAAAAAAGUAUUAAGUUUUUAUCAAAAAUUAAAAUAUACAUCACAACAAACACAAGUAUUAGAUGAUGAAGUUCAAAAAUAUUAG